AUGGAAUCUGCCUCCCGAUCCAAAGGAAGGAGGUAUGGCUUUGCGUGCUUGGUUUGCCGGCGCCGCAAGGUCAAGUGCGAUGGCCGAUGGCCGACCUGCGUCAACUGUGCACGAUUAAAGGAGACAUGUUCCUAUAAAGAAAAAACUGCUUAUACAGUUCGUCUAACCGAGGCACUGCGGUCGGAGCAAGCCCGGGUCCAGGAGUUUCAAAACAACAUUAGAGAACUAGCCGCCAUGGACAAUGCCAGGCGAGACCUUCGCCUGGCAGAUUUAGUAUCUCAGCUUGACCUGAACAGGCCAGAGCCUGUCGAGCUAGCUCAGAGUACAGAUGUUAGACCUUCAUCUACUGAUCGCGAAGCCCAGGACCGUUAUCCGGCAGAUGAUAUCUCUAACGAUGUCGACACCCAGUUCAGUAUAGACACGGAAGGAAGACCCCUUAUCUUAUGCCAGCUGAACUCGCUCUGA